AGUCCUGCUGUGACUCGAUCUUGACUUCUACUUUCGAUACAUCACUUCCUUCCUCUGCUGUUUGUAAUCACAGAGUAUCCGAUGCUGGCGGGAGAUUUGUAAGCGUGUUUUUCCGUUUCUGUAGCGCACGAAUACACACGAACAGCUCUCCAAUUGACAGGUACGCGUGUGUCUAAUGUGCUUCUAUAGAUUUGAAGCAGACAAACAACAGAAGGACAUAUGCAACUAACAUUGGGCCUAUUUAGCGUGACGCUAAUGUGAGACCCCAACAAGAUCCUGCGUUUCGUUCCCAAUGGAAAACACACCACUUGUACUUUCAAUGCACUGAUUAAUGGGAGUCAACUGUCAAAUGGACCCGUUAGACUUUCUAACGAAUGAAGAUUUGUUGCUUUUUCUUCGCCGCAAGAAGACUGAGAUUUCUUGCAUGGAUCAGCCGCACACUUUCCUCACACAGCUGCGCGAUCACGAUCUCCUACCCGAGGAGAAGUAUCAAAAGAUAAAAACAAUGCGCUCUCGUGAGCAAAAACAGAGAGGUGUCUAUGAUGUUUUGGACUGGCUAGAGAAAAAUAGAUCUAAGUGUAUGCAUCGCUUCUGGGGCAGUUUGUUCGAAGAUCACAUCCUACAGCUGUACCCCACCCUACGCCUGCUCAGAAACAACCUGAUGGACGGUAGCUUCAAAUUCUAUGAGAAAGCUCUUGAUGCCGAAGCAUUACCUGAGAUGGAUAACAACGAAGGCAAGCAAGAGAAAGUUAAAGAAAAGAAUAGAGUAAGAAAGAGAAAGACAGAUGAUGGAAGUGGCGAGGACAGUGAUGGUCCAGGUCCUUCAACUGCCUCCAAGCCUGCUCUGAAAAAAAAAGCAAACAAGAAACUCUCCUUCUCAUCACCUGUGAAGAAAGGAGACACAGAAGAGAUUUGGAAGUGGAUUAUUUUUAAAACUCAGCUGCCUGUAACCUGUGGCCAACAAGAGGGUACUCUUCAUCGGGACAAACUCGCCAGAGGGGAGGAGUGUAUUUUUGCAAAAGGACGCUGGUUUACACCAUCUGCUUUUGAGCAGUUUGGGGGAAAAGAAAGUUUCAAAAACUGGAAAUGCAGCAUACGGUGCAGAAAAACACCACUCAAAAAACUCUUUGAGGAUGGCCAUCUUCAGUGUCCACAAAUGAAGAGGAGUAAACGCGCAUGUGUCUUAAAUAAUGCAGAAGGAUCGUUUUCUGCCAGUUCAACAGAAAGCUCCAGCGGUGAUUCAGAAAGCAGUGCCGGGACGGAGGAAGAAAGAGACGCUGCAGAUUUUGAAGAACCAGGAGGGGCAGCUGGAGGAAUGGAAUUCAGAGGGCGAGUAGAGGAGGAGGAGGAGGAAGACAUGGACAAUCUUUCUGUUUUCCAGGCUCCCUCUUUGCCGGUCACCUGUGUUUCGUUGACUGGGACUUUACACAAAUAUCGGUUUGCAUCAGGUUUGCGCGGGAAAUGUAUACGCACAGAUGAAAGCUGGCUCACUCCAGAAGAGUUUGUCAAGCAGGAGGAAACUCUCACUGAUGCAAACUGGAGAAGAGAUAUACGGUGCCAUGGCAAAACUCUCAGCUUCUUACUGAAGAAAAAGAUCCUCUGCAUCCAUUCACUCCUGUGUGACUGUAAGAAAUGCAGCGAUCAAGAAUGUGACUUGUUGGAACAGAGAAAUGAUGACGUGUGUUACGAGUGUUACUCUGAUGGAAGUCUUGUGUGCUGUGAUGAGUGUCCACGAGUAUUUCAUCGGGCUUGUCACCUGCCAGCUGUAACCGGAGAUUCACCCGAUCAAUGGAUGUGCACCUUCUGUGUGCUGAGAACCAGUCAACAGUGGUGUGACCCCCAUCACAUGACUCAACAAGAAGCUCUGAAUCUCCCAGUGUCCUCUCAAAACAAACUGUACUGCCAUUACCUGCUGUUAUAUACGUACAGAGAGGACGUCCAACGUGUGUUUGUGAAAGACCCCUGCAGAACAGUACGCAGAUACUCUGAGUUCAUAGCGCAGCCGAUGUGGCUGGACAGAAUAAAGCUGAAACUGGAAGGAAAUGAGUAUAAAACUGUUGGAGAGUUUGUGUCGGAUUUUCAGCUCAUCUUCAGCAACUGCAACAAAUUCAACAAGGACAAUGAGUUUGGCAAAAUGGGGGCCAGACUGAAGGAUUUGUUUGACAGGGAGUUUCAGAAAAUCUUCACCAUCCAAUAACAUUUCUCCUUCCAGCUCGGGUAUCAUUUUGGUAUCAUCCGGUAUUUAGAAAAUAUGCUACUAUCUUUCAUCGCAUCCCGAUCCUGUGUCAUUCUCAUCAUGGUCUAAAGAUAUUUCAGUUUAACACUCUGUCCUAAAUCAUGAUUAAACGUCACGUUUUGAGCAUCAUGUGACAAUCUUGACAUCUGACAAAAAUUAGAUUUUUUUUAUGGAAGAGAUGUGAUUUCUAGCUUUAUACUUUAUCAUGUCACUUUUUCACUUCAUCAUUGAGCAAUAUCUUUUUUUCAUCUAUUUCAUUCUUCAUAAUAAUGUAAAAUAAAGUUCCAUUUGUGAAUUAACAACAUGAACUGACAAUGAACAACUGAUCUACAGUAUUUAUUAAUUUAUGUUCUAUUCAGCAUUUAAAAUCAAAUCAAUUUCAGAAGUUAUAACCUUUGACAUUAGACAGAGUCUACAAACAUUAAAAAAGAUGACUAAAAGCUGUAAAAAUAUAUUGUUCAUUGUUAGUUUUUAGUUUGUUUUCUACCACGAUUAUUUCUGCUUUAAUGUUAAGAGUUUAUUUUUCUUUACAUGAUUGUUUUACAAAGAUCUUUAUCGUUGUCUCUGUACAUUAAACCAGAUAAAAAGAGGUAUUUUAACAAGUA